CAGUCGACGUUUCAAUUAAUCGCCUUCUAGACGAACGGAAGUGUCAAUCGUGCCCCCUGGACAGCUCGGGACACACGUAGCGUUCCGUUCUUCCCAUUUUCGACUCGAACAGUCGAGAUCUCUGUCCGCCGGUUAGUUAGGUAUGGUGGGCGCGGGGUAACGCGGCGCGAGGCACUCCGCUUGGUCGUGGCGAAGCGAUUUCUUCAACGUCACCCAGGAAAUCGGUAGAUCGCGGAAACGAAGCGGGAAACGCUACGUUAUUAACGAGUACCUACACUCCGUCGUUUGCAGCGACAUGGCGGUCAAAGAGUGGUUUCGGCGUUUGCAGCCGGUACAACUCUAUCUCGUGCUCUUCCUUACCACUGCCUUCUUCAUCGUCGAAAUCGUUGCCAGUUACGUGACCCACGCACUUACGCUCCUCUUGAACGCGUAUCACAUGCUGUGCAACAUUAUCGCCCUCGUGGGCUGCAUCGCCUCGAUCAAGCAAUCACGGUCAGAAACUACGAUGAAAAACACGUUCGGUUGGGCCAGAUUCGACAUCUUGUCCAUGCUGGUGUGCUGCGUCUUUCUCGCCUCCUUCUGCUUCUCGCUUCUGGUGGAAGCGCUUCAGACGCUGGUUCACAUCGACCAUCUGGACGAGAUGCAUCUACCUCUGCCGGUCAUGUGCAUCGGGGCGGCAGGUAUUCUACUAAAUGCCUUCUGCUACAUCCUCAUUGGUGGAUACAUGUUCAAUCAGGACAUCUUCGUGCACGUGACCGAGAAUGGAGAUGUCAUGCUGCGCAGCCUUUUCGGGCUCCAAGUUAUAUUUACUUUUAAUUUCACGAGGAAACCAUCUUUGCCAAAACUAACGAGUAGAAGUUCCAAUUUUUAUCAUUCCAUAAUUGCUCACGGGUUCCUUGAAGAUUUUCGUUCAACCAGACUCGAUAGAUUAAAAUUCGACGGGAAUGUCCACUUCAAGCCCGUAUCGGAGAGCGAUCCACAACGUAAUGCAGCGACAGAACGUAGAUCUCUGCAAUCGACAAGGACCCAGGGCCUUCGGGAAAUGUUUCGAGAUGUUUUGGGAUGCAUUUUCGUCAUCGUUACGUCAAUUAUCGUGUAUCUGACCGAUGCGAACGUCGCGAAAUACGUCGAUCCGGUCUUCGCGAUAAUCUCGGCAAUCUCGUUAUUGGCCCUCAGUUAUCCGUACAUGAAAGAGUCCGGUCUGAUACUGUUACAAACGAUACCCAAUCAUAUCAAUAUCGAUGCUCUGAAGCGAGAAUUGCUGAGGGUCUUUCCCGAGAUCGUCAACGUCCACGAUUUGCACGUUUGGCAGCUAAACGGAGAAAGAGUCAUCUCUACGGCGCACAUCAUAUUUUUGGAUCCAACGGGUUACUCCACUAUCAUGGACCAAGUUACUGCUUUUUUCUUGGAGAUGGGCAUAACUCAAGUCACGAUACAACCAGAAUUUGUAAAGAUGAAGCCCAGGAUGCCCAAGGGCAGAUGCUUGAUCACUUGCAGAGCAGCCUACUGCAGUUUGUCGCAGUGCUGCACCAAAGAGAACAGUUUAGGGACUCUGCCCUCGGUCGAGUCAGGAAAUUUCAACCAGUCCAACGAUUCGGAAUUUGAGAAAAUUGUUUCAAACUCCAUAGGUACGGGCUCUGAGAGUUUGACUCGAUCCAAAAUUGAUGGAAUCGUGCCUUCGGAGCUUACCGGUGUGGAGAGACUCGUUAGUUCCAUUUUGCCCAGUCAAGACGAAACUAACGUAAAAUGUCAAAUCGAAUCUCGCAGAUUGUCCAAUUUAUCGGAAAGUCAAGGCGAGAAUACUUUCAGUAACGGACACACGGGGAAGACUACUCAUAACAAUUAUGCCGACUCCGAUGAUGCAGGAACGGAAAAAGAUGAGAUUGGCGAGGAAAUUAUAACACGGGUUUGAGAAGUUUCCUUUAAGCGAUUCGAUUAAUAAUCAAUAAGAACGAAAGAGUCAUUUAAUCGUUAUCGAUGCGAGUAGAACAUGUAUGGUUUCAAAGUCCUUACGAUGGAUGAGAGCUGCGCAUCGUGCCGUUCAACUUUACAGUGUCUUCAAGGCGAAUUCGCAGGUGCACAAGCACGAUAGGAAAAUCACUCGAAAGAGGAAAAAGUUGGACAGGUACAACGGUAUUUCACAUUUUUGAAGACAGUCUCUAGUCGAAGUGUAGCUUGAUUUCAUAACUUAACAAACGUGACGUUACGUGCAUGGCUUUGAAAGAGGAAUACAAGUGCCACAGAAACAGCAUAUUUCCACACGCCCCUGUAACUGAUUCUGUCGGACGUGUAUUCGCUAAGCAUAUACUUCUAUACACGGCAGCUUAACGUGAAAUUUGGAGAAGUUGAAAUAAAUAAAAUAAGAAUAAAGAGAUUUUUUCUUUCGUAAACAUCGGAAGGAGGAAGAAAUUAGGGCAGGGUUACGACAGUAAACAAGCAGGCAAGUAGUAGUACCAGUAGGCAACUUCCUUUACCGUUUUUUCCUACGACCCGUGGUUUCGGAGAUACAGCGGAAAUAAGAAUGCUGCGCUCCGAUUGGUCGGUUCUUUGGAGAGCC